AUGGAUCGAUGGAUGGGUUGCCAGGGCAGGCUUGGGGAUCACACUACGCAAGUACUAGACUCGGACACUUGGGCGUCAUCAUCAUCAUCAUCAGCAUCAAUUUUUGUCGUCGGCGUUCUCAGCAGCGGGCCCUCGUCGGCGGCAAGCGGCCUCGGCCUCGGACGUCCGGCCUUCACUCCCUUCCCUCUCCAGCUCUGGCUGUCCCUUCCCUUCCCUCGCAACGAGGAGGCAUCGUCAUUGCUCGAGGCCGCAAACAAGCCACCCCCCGCCCGGACGCGCGGGGCGCCCAUCCCAAUCCCGAUCCCAAUCUCAAUCCCGCCGUCCACAUCCAUCCUUCCACGCAUCCGUUGCCAAUGCUAG